AUGGCUGCUCAAGGGAUUAUUCAAUUCAAGUCUGGAAGCAAAAAAAGAGGCAAUAUAUGGCAAACUAUUGCCAAAAAUCCGAAUUGUCAUAAAAAUUUCUUUAAUUCUGUCACUUCGAGAGGUGUUAGAGACAGAUUUACUAUCAUUUUAAGAAGGUGUAAGGCGAAAAAACUAAGCGAUUUGAUUUACUACUGGAAGAGUAAACCCUCUUAAGUAAAGAAUCUGACAAGAAAGCUGAUGCAGAAGCCGAAAGUGCUAAAGAAAAAAAUCAGUGCAGAAAAGGAAUUAGCUAUUGAUAUAAGGAAAAGAGCAAUGGAAACAAUAGGCCAAACUUCAAAAAGAUCAAAAUCUGACGAGUGUCAGGAUGACAAGAUCAAGGAAAGAAAGAAACGAAGAACUGACGGAGACACCCUGGCAUGGCUAGAAAAAAAAAGAAAAACGGAGCGAGAUUUGAAGUACAAAGAGCACCAACUUGAAGAACAAAGAGAAGAAAGAGAGUUCCAGCAAAGAGAAAGGAAAGAACAAACGAAGCUUAUGCAGAAGAACAAGGACAAAUGA